CGGCGGAAGGGCCGGGGUCCGCAACCGGGGCACCACCAGCCCCCGCCUGCCCCGGGCCGGGGCGCCUCUUCCCGCGGCCGGCCCGCCCCGGGGAGGGGGCAGCGGCCGCCUCCGGCCACACCUGUGGCGCAGCGGCGGAGGAAGCGCCCGAGGUCGGCGCAGACGGGUCGGCGGCCGAAGGCACCAUGACGGUGGGUGCGCGGCUGGGCGCCAAGGUGAGGGGCAGAUUCUCCCGCCACGGGGCCGGCGACGACCAAGUGUCCAUCCUGCCCGGCGAGGAGGAGGAGGCGGCGGCGGGGGCCGGGGGCAGCGCGGGGGCCCCGCGGCCGGCGGCGCUGCAGGAGGAGGAGGAGGAGGAGGAGGGCGCUGGGUGCAGGAAGGUGCGCUUCGCCGUCCUGCCCGGCUCCUACGAGCCGCUGCGCCCGCCGCGGGCUCCCGGCAAGCGGCCCUACGGGAAGCGCCUGAAGAAGUACGGAAAGAAUGUCGGGAAGGUUCUGCAGAAGGGUUGUCACUACUUGGUGGUUGGCCUGCAAGGAUUAGCAGCAGCCUAUUCUGCUCCCUUUGGAGUGUCAGCACACGUGGCAUCCUUCGUCCGCUAGCGCAGCUCCCUGUGCCCCACGGGAGAGGACACAGGGCCAUUGCUGCCUUCUCAGGAUUAAAUUUGAGACUUGGAUCUGAAAAACCUCUUGGACCAACACCCCUGAGCCCCUGUACCAGGCCCUCUCCAAGACUGAGUGCUCUUCUCUGAAAAAAAUUCUGGUGCUUUGUAAAAUCAGAUCAAGUCAAAGAAGUAUAAGGAUGAGAAAAUAAUCUUUGAAUAAUUGAACUGAAGUUUGUUUUCAGGCUUGAGUUGGUUUUCCAGAGCUUCCUGCUGUGUGGAAGGGAGCCAAGGAUGGAUGGAAAAGCAAGUAGAUGAGGGAGAGAGAAAUGAAGGACAACAGAGGAUGGCAGAGCUGCUGGAGAGGGGGAGAUGAGUUUGAAUAGUGAGAGAAAUUGUCAGAGCAGUAGAGGGAACAGAUAGCAGAGAAUUAGGAAAAUAUAGUCUUUGGUUUUCUGAGAUUCUGAGUUUGUUGUGGUUUUUUACCUGAGAGGGUUAAGAUUAUGAGUGUACUUAAAAAUAUACUUGGACAUAAAUGGAAUGUGGCCUGAGACACAGAGAGCUUUGCUGCACCAUGGUUGUGCAUUUCAAACCCUGGACAUAACAAGCCUUUAAAUAAUCAUGAGAAAGAUGUAAAAAUACAGAAAGAAAACAAGGUGUGUAUUUGUGAUUUUGGGGCAUUAAAGGCUCACUGUGAUUAACA